CAUCAGCUUUCGUGCCGUAUAAAGCAUUACGUAAAGGGAUCUCGGAAUAAAUUUUCUUUUUUCUUUUUUAAUUUUCAUGUGUGAUCAGUGAGGAUUCUACAUAUAUAUUGCACAUCAUCCCCCGCCUGUGACUUGAAUAUUCGUCGUUGUUUUUUUUUUCUUGUGCCACGAAAUUGUGUGUGACGUAAUUAGAGACAUUUGAUUUUCAUGACUCGAAUGUUAUCGUUGUCGAAUGUUAUGUUCGUAUAGACAAUUUUUGACGAAGAAAAGUGAUUAUAGUUAAGUGUUUCAAUACAUUCAUAACCGAACAUAUUUGUGUAUAAUCAGAUAAUCUUAUCAUAGACGUUCGUAGCUGUGUGUUAUUCGCAACAAUUUGUUGAGAAAAAAUAUAACUGUAUCGUAAUCAAUCGUCGUCGUUGGUGUUCCUUUUUGAUGUACAAUAUAUAACAUAUCCUCCAUACAGUUCCAAUGGAAAAAUAAAUUCAUUCUACGGAUGUAGAGUCAUGAAAAGCGUGUAAUGCUUCAUUUCUUCGUUGUACACAGACACAUUACAUAUUUACACACAAUAAGGCAUUUUAUGGCUCUUAUACCAUCUCCGAAACUGAUGUAAAAAGGACAAUAAAAUUGGGUAAUUUUAGGGCUGUACUUUAUUAGAACAUUAUUUACCAGUCUAUUAGAUGAUUGAGUGAUAGAAGUUAUAUUGAAGUGUUGGUUCGAAACAGCCUAUAUAUACUGGAACACUUUUAUUGAAAUAAUCUUUUGUACCGAAUGGACUCUGUGAAUUUUUAUUGAAAGCAAUACGUUUUAGAGGUAACGUGCUAUUUUGGAACACUUAAGUUAAUUGAUCGACAUAAAAAAAUAAAAGUUUCUUGGACGUAAAUUGUGUUUCGUUGUCAGAAAAAAUUUGACCUGUUGAGGAUUUACCAAUAAACUGUUAUCUUCAUUCAGAUUAUGAAUGAUAAUUUAAAUGCAGAGAUAUCAGCUGGUAAGAGGUGGUUGGUAUCUUGAAUGUUGUCAGGCGAAAUAUUAAGUCGAACACCAUUGAGCGUGGCAAUUUUGCCGCCUCCCUCGUUGAUUCAAUUGUGUAAAGCAAUGGCAGCUAUCGCCACGCUUGCCAAUCAGCAGAAUAUUGAUGAUGAUGAUAUUUAUUUAGACCACCCAGCCAACGACCUCAAUGUAACCGUUGUGUAAUUUUCUUAACCAGAAAACGGACUUCUCAGCUACGAGAAUCCCAACUAUCACAUGGAUCCACAACGCAUUGAACGUAACUCUCAUUUAUACGAAGAAAUCCUAUCCGAAUUGCAGCAACAAAAUUCAAUGCGUUCAUCGAAAUCGCAUAUUGUUAGCAAUAGGAAAGACUAUGCCCGACUGGACAUCGGUUCGAUGGGAGUUGAUCUCAAAGAGAAUUUUAGUACGGCAGACAAGCAAAGUCUACUAGAUACGUCCCCAUCGGAAUCGAAAACAAAAUCAGAUCAACGUCCCGAAAAGGACGAUUGCAAAUCGAAAGAUGUAGACGAUAGCACUGCAAAUAUAAAACAUAUUUCUGGUGAUUUAAAUUCAGAUGAUUUGUAUGCAUUGCCGAACAAACGGAAACAUCACGACGGUGAUGGAAAAGUGUACGAAAUCGGAUCGGAGGAAGAGUGCGAAGAGGAGGAAAAGGGUGGCAAAGAGGAAAGCGAUGGCUUCGAAGAUAAGGAUGCGAACAAGGAUUUACCGCCUGGAUGGGAAAAACAUGAAGAUAAUAAUGGGCCUUAUUACUGGCAUAUAAAAUCGGGCACUAUACAGAGAGAGCCACCACUCUGGUGCAAAGAAACGCCCAAAGAACUUAAAACACCGGUUACGACACAACAAUUUUUGACCACAGCCAUUAAAAGUCCAAUAAAUAAUAAUUCGUUUUCAAAUUUUUACGGAUCUAAGGAUUGUAUAGGAAAUAGAAUACAGGAAUCUCAAAGUUUAUCGGUAACAAGAAGCAAUACUAGCUCAGCAUUGGAUUUUGAUGAGGACCGACGACAAAAAGAGGAUUUAGCUUUUAAACGCCGUAGCUAUCCAUUAAAAUCCGAAUCAGAUAGACCAAUUAGGUUUGCUGUGCGGUCGCUAGGCUGGGUGGAAAUAGCUGAAGAUGAUCUGACGCCCGAACGAUCAUCAAAGGCUGUAAACAAAUGCAUCGUUGAUCUGUCCCUGGGACGAAACGAUUUGUUGGACGUUGUCGGACGAUGGGGCGAUGGAAAAGAUUUAUUCAUGGAUUUAGAUGAAGGUGCUUUAAAAUUAAUUGAUCCGGAAAAUUUGACAAUAUUAAAUACACAACCGAUUCAUACGAUUCGAGUGUGGGGCGUGGGCAGAGACAAUGGACGAGAAAGGGAUUUUGCUUAUGUAGCACGUGACCGCUUAACACGGAUCCAUAUGUGUCACGUAUUCAGGUGUGAUACAGCAGCUAGGACAAUUGCGAAUACAUUAAGAGAUAUAUGCAAACGGAUAAUGAUUGAACGAUCACUCCAGUUGGAUGCAAAUGGGGUGAAUGUAAACGGUGCUAGAUGUGCAACACGUCCAACAGAUUUACCAACUGAAAAUCGGAGAUGGGUGAGACAUCCUCAAUCAUUUCCAACCCCAAUGGAGGAACCGAAAAAAGUGCUGAAGGCUCAGUACUUGGGUUCGACAGAAGUGAACCAGCCAACUGGUAUGGAUGUACUUAAUGCAGCUAUUGAUACGGCGCUUAGAGACACAAAACCUGAACAAUGGGAACAUGUCAAUGUUUCUGUGGCACCAAGUAUGAUAAGCAUACACAGUUCGGGGGAUGAAGGUCGACUCAUAGCUGAAUGUCGGGUGCGUUACUUAAGCUUUAUGGGCAUUGGUCAAAAUGUGAAAAAUUGUGCGUUCAUCAUGCAUACUGCUGAAGACAAAUUUGUUUGUCAUGCGUUCCUAUGCGAACCAUCCAGUGGAGCAUUGUGCAAGACAAUUGAAGCUGCUUGCAAGCUCCGCUACCAAAAGUGUUUGGAUGCGCAUCCGGAAAAUCGUUUAUCAUCCGAAUCCAGUACGCCAAGCAAAGGCAUUGGUGCAACGUUAAAAAACUUAAUGAACACAUUCACAUCCAAAAAGGAUAAGUCCACCUCCUGAGAACGGGCCAAAUCUCUGCAGGAAUUAUGGCCACUACCUGCGGAGCGCGAAAUAAUACCGCAUCGACAUCUCCAAUCACCGCUAACAAAUAAGAAAAUUUUUGAUUAUCCUCACAGUCCGUAACAAAUAAUUUCAAUGCCAUUGCGGCACGGUAAAUUAAGCAAAUUAGUGAAUAAAGAUGCUAGAUGUAGGCUAGACUCAGUUGAGGAACAACAUGAAUUAUAAAUGUCCAACAAAUUUAAAAGUUUAAAAAUGAAAAACAAGAAAAAAAUAAUUGAAAGAAAAUUAAUGGGAUCGAUAAAAAUGAAAAUUUAGAGAAAAAAUUGAUUUGUGUUUGAAACGUGAAAAAUUUUAUUUUGUUUUUGUGGCCAAAAAGAAAAUUCUUUUCAUUUUCUGAGAAAAAAGAAGAAAAGAAGACAAAAAACUGAUCCACACCAAGUGAACAAUUUAAUGAGUUGAUUUUUACAUGGAAAUAAAACUAAAAAUAAGCGCUGAAGUGAUGCUAUAAUGAUAUUUAAACAA